UCUACACCAGAAGACGGCGCAGUGUUUGGGUACUCGCGCAGGUUAGCUUGUUGCUAACUCCACAAUGGACUGCGCUCCCAGUCUGUGUCCCGCCGUCACUCAAGAGAUACAAAACGCCCCAGAAAUGUGCGACGGCUCCUCGAUGGAGGACGGGUUGGUUGACGCUUUUGGGGAUCUGGCUGCCCUUCCGGUAGAGGCUGGCGAGAGAAGACCGACAUGUUUCCGUUGCCGUCGCCCUCAGAAGGUGUGUCUAUGUCCUUUUCUUCCACCACAACCUCUGGAGGUCUCCACAUGUCUGUACGUAGUGCAGCAUCCUGCAGAGGAGAGCCGAGUACUCCGCACAGUUCCUCUACUUGCUGCUUGCUUGCCACAAGGAAAAUGCAAUGUCAUAGUUGGAAGGAGAUUUAAUGAGGAAAAGCACCCGGAGCUGGCUGCGGUGUGUCGGGACAGCAGAACGCUGAUUCUGUACCCAGGACCUAAAUCGGAGAACCUUGAGGAGUUGGUGCAAUACCAAGAAGUGGGCACUGCGAAAUAUAAUGUCAUCAUCAUAGACGGCACCUGGAGCCAAGCCAAAAACAUGUUCCUGAAAAACAGCCUUUUCCACCUGCCCAAACAGGUGCAGCUCAAUAGGACUUUAUCAAGUCAAUACGUGAUCCGCACACAACCUUCCAACAUCUGUCUGUCUACUCUGGAAUGUGCCGCUGUCGCUCUGUCGAUCCUGGAGCGGAAUGAUGAGAUCCAAGAGGUUCUGCUCAAGCCCCUGAAAGCACUCUGCUCCUUCCAGCUUCAGCACGGCGCUCAGAUCCAUCAUAGCAAGGAACAUCUGCUGAAGAACGGCAUGUAUGACAAGCCCAUGCCAAAGAACAAGCGCAAGAUAAAGAGGAUGGAGAAACUCCUCAGUGACCACAGCAUCUGCCCCAGAUGAGGGCACGUCAGAGCAGAGAGGACAGGCCCUGUCAGCUCUGCUUCUCCUGCUGUUUGCACUGUGUCGGACUGUGCGAUCAGAGUACAGGGAUGGAAACGAUGAGACAUAAGGGGACUUUUUUCCUUUUUGUUUUUUUGUAAAAACACUUGUAUAUGCUGAUAAAUAUAAUUUAUGUAUUUGUCAUUAAUUGUAAGUAAAUUACUGACAAAUAAAUGUUGUACUUGAAGCAUCAGAGUUAAGAAUAAAUUAGGUUUCUUACUUUGUUUACAUCACAAUAGCUUGAAUUUUUUAGAAACAUGUGGUGGUUCUGUUGUGAUUGGAUUCACGUGGCUAUACAGCGGGUCACAUGUGGAAGGGCUGAUUCCACUGAUAUUUUUAAUAAGCAAAAUUUCAAUUUCCACAAAAAAUAAUAAAAUAAACAGAAAUCAACACAAAACCUACCAAAGACAAAUAACACACUGGUAAGAAGAGUGACAACUGAAACUUGCACUAUACUGUAUAAAUGUAUAGCUUUAUAAAUGGUGUUUGGAGGCUUGCCAAUAAUGUUUGUUGGAUGUUACAAAAAGCUGUUUAAGUAUUGCAGUUUUUCAAUGCCACAAACUAUCAAUAAAAUGGAAAACAA